AUGAGUGGAGGGGCUGCUGGGAAACCUGGAGGUGCUGACGUUGCUUCAGGAAGCGCACCUGAUAUGGAAGCUGGUAAAACUGUUACCGCAGAAAAGCAAACUGAAGAUUAUGGCACCUUUGGUCAGGUGUUGUACCACGUGGUGUCUUUCACUGAAGGCUACGAGCAACAAGUAUUGUAUUUGUGCAUGAGAAUCUUCGAGUCAACUAUGAACUUCACCAAGAGUCAACUGACAACGCUGAUGACCGUGUCUAUACUGUCACGCUUGUGUUUCUCGCUAGUUUGGGGUCUGCUGGCGGACGCGUUUGAGACUAACCUGGUGAUGGCUGCUGGGUUGUUAUUCAUGGGCAUCGCCUCGAUUCUGCUAAGCGCCACGUCACGCUUCUCGUCGCAAAAGAUUAUCUCGGAUAGGGAUGAUGAUGAUGAUAGCAACAGCAGCAGCAGUACUUUCACCCGUCUUCACGCGCUUAAUUGCAUUGGCCGUAUGCUGUGUGCCGCAAUAACCACGGAGGCUGCUCAGAACAUCUUGCUGGGAUUUAUCGGCUGGCGCGUGUCAUACAUUGUGCUGGGAUACUUGUGGAUUUCGGUUGGCAUCGCGAUUGUAUUUGCAAUGCAUACUGAUAGGGAACUUAUCUCUCCUUAUGACUCCACGGAACAAUUCAUCAACCAAAUAUCCGGCGCCUUUAAAGCGGUUUUUACAAAUUGGUCAGCAUUUCUGUGUAUAUUCACGAUGUUGAUCGCGGAGGCUCCGAUGUGCACGUUGCCUUACAUGAUCACGUACCUGGAAUACUUGGGAGUGUCUGACAUGAAGGUUGGUAUUGCAAUCUUAGUCACGACGAUCGGCGGCGCAGCAGGUACUGCCGCUGGUGGUAUAGUUAUUGAAAAAAUUACAAGCAUGCAUAAAAAGUACGGCGAGCUGAUUGCUGGUAUCGUUGUGAUGGGUGUGCGAUUAAUCGUUUGUGUGUUGUUCUUCGUGUCACCUGCUCCAGACGGGCGAUUGAUGUGGUAUCACUACAUAGAGUUUGCUAUCCUAGGUGCGACUUUGGUUACGGUUGGCGGCGUAGAUAGACCUAUUAUGAGGAAAGUCAUACCGGACAGGUACCAGGCUAGCGCAUCGGCCAUCAUCCAGUGCAUAUCGGGUAUCUCGGUUAGCGUGAGUUUCGUAGAGAUCUUCGCGUACGUGUCAGAGAAGCUGCAUGGUUACGCGCCAUCAACACAGGCAAUCGAUGACAUGGAAAAGGGUCUCAAGGACAACAACACCGAGGCGCUGCGGAAGUCGACAAUGUAUAUGAUCGUGGUAGGAUCACUCCUGAACAUCGCGUGCUAUGGUGCGCUGUUUGCUACGUAUGAGACGGAUAAGAAGACUGUUGAUGAUCAAAAUGUGAAGGUAUGGGAAGAGAGGGAUAAAAUGGAGAAAGAGAAGAAAACAGGGAAAUAUAAGGAAGAACCAGUGAAAAAACCACUAGAAGAGGCGGUAGAUGGGGAGGAUGAUUUUUCAGGGCACACUGGGCACUCACCUCAAACGACACGUGAAGAGCCAGUGGAAGAUACAGAGACACUGACCAUGGAGAUGCCGAAUGAACGUGAUAGUAACAGUUCAGAUGAAGGGAUGAUGACAAAGGAAGAGGCGCAAAAAUUUAUCAGUCAAGAACGAAGAAGUUGGGAACAAACGUAA